AAUAUAAAUUUUGGUUUUACCACCCAUGGAUUAGUUCAAUGCCACCAUUUUUUAUCUAGUAAUUAUAAACAUAGACUUGGACUGGUGUAAGGCAUGCAAUAUGACAUUAUCUGCCAGUUUUUGUCAUAAAUAGUUUUAUUUAAUCAGUGGCAAGCUAGUUCGAAUUUAUAUAGGAUAAUACAACAUUCGCAAUAUUGUUUGUUAUAUAAAAUAUUAUACUUGCUUAUACAUGUAUGUAAUUAAAUACCUUAUAUUCAAAAUAGGCUCGCUCCAUAUUAAAAACAUUGGAGAUUUCCCCGAACUUUUAAGCAUGAAAAUUUUUAUUUUGUCUGAUUUGAAUGUGAAUUAAUCAAGAUCCAUAUGCGUUACGCAUAUGAUAUUACAUGUAUUUAACAAUACAAGUGCUCUGUAGAAAUAUGUACAUGAAUAACAAUAAUAGAUGAGAAAAAGAUUGAAAGUAAAAACUCGUUUUUGAAGAAUUGACAUAUUACGAUGCUUGAAUUACCAUUAAAUUUAUGACUAAAAGAUUUGAAAAGUAAAAGUGUAUAUAUCUCAAUAACAUUCACAACAUUAUCUGCGGAAAAAUUUUCUUUUCCGUAUCUUGGAAGUCCUGCUCGUUCUGAUAAAAACGUAAUCAAGCUCUCUUUAACAAAAACUGCAAUUAAAGGGAAAGGAGGAAAUGACAAAGUAAUUGCGAUCGAGAAGCAAUCAGAAGUGAAGUGUAAGAUCUUUUUUAUAAUUGCGUUUAAAGAGAUUAUGUCGUUACGUAUAAUUAUAUUCAACUAAUUGACCAGUGUGUUCCAAACAGCAAACCUGGCAUGGUCAAGUUUGUUAGAGACAAGUUAAGUUCGAUCAAUCUUGUUAUUAUCAUUCCACGUCUCAAUAAUGAAAUCUGAUUUUGGUGAUUAUCGACAAAUUUUUGUAGAAAAUAUAUUUCUGAUGAAAAAUGGAAAUUAUACCAGUGCAAUGGAAGACUUUCGGAUUAUAUUGUAUGUUUCGGUGUAUUUAUGUUGUUGUUAUAUAAAUGGAGCAGACAGCAAGAGAGUGUCUUGUCAGAAGCCACCAGAAUUAGAAAACGGAUUUUAUCGUCCUAACAAACAAAGUUUCUAUAACGGCAUAUCGAUACGAUAUAGAUGCAACAGAGGAUAUAAGUUGCGAGGGGGGAAAAGAAUUUCAUGUAAGCUUACGGGGAAGUGGUCAUCAACACCACCCAAAUGUGAGAAAGAUGGUAAAAGUGACAUCAAAAUACAAGGCUGUUCAGUUUCUCGAGCACCAAGAAACGGCUACGUUGAUACCAAAGAACUUACUUUAGUGACAAACGGAACUGUUGUAACAUAUAGUUGUCGGACUGGAUAUGAUCUUAUUGGAAAAGCUGUAUUAAUUUGUGAGAAUGACGGAGAUUUUUCUGGUGAAACUCCCAGAUGUGAAAAAAACGGAGAACAUUCAGGAUGCAAGGUUCCUAAGGCACCCACAAAUGGACACGGUGAAUACAACUACAAUGACUUCGUCCCAUAUGGUGACAGCAUUAAAUAUUCGUGCAACGAAGGAUAUGAUAUUCAAGGAAAAAGUCAAAUACGGUGUAGGAAAAGUGGAAAGUUUUCAUAUCAAGUGCCGACAUGCAAGCUUAGUAAAGCACAAGAUAGUGGCGAUUCCGCGAGAUCAUUUCAAGUUGAAGAAAGACAUAUAAAGUCAUUUUUGCGAAAUUCGUCAUCAAAUAUUUGCAAAACUCCAUCUUUGCUUGAAAAUGGGUAUGUAAGUAGUUCCGGGCGAUACAUAAGAGAAGGAGGCAAAGUGAAAUAUUAUUGCUACAAAUCUUACGUGUUGCAUGGCAGUAACGAAUCUGUCUGUCGCAAAGACGGUACCUUGCAACCAGAUGUACCGGUAUGCUUGAAAUCGUCGAAUAAAUUUGAGAGACAAAAAUUUUGCACUGUCCCUGAACUACAAGAUGGUGUUGUAAAAAUGUCGGAAAACGGUUCGAUCGCAUAUGGAAAAAGCGUGAGGUUUCAAUGCAACCGUAGAUUUGAAAUGCUGGGUGACCCACAAGCAUUUUGCGACAAGGACGGACUUCUCUCUCCGGGAGUGCCAAAAUGCCUAAGAUUCUGUAAAUUACCUAAACUUGUGGAACAUGGUUUGGUAUACGGAGAUUAUAGCGACAUUGUGUUUGCUGGAGGAACUGUAUUCUUCGAUUGUGAGCAAGAUUUUAAACUUGUGGGAAACGACCGUGCAGAAUGUUUAAGUACUGGAAAAUAUGAUAAUUCUCCUCCAUUAUGUAUCAAAUAUGAGUGUGCACGACCGGACAUAUCAGAAUAUGGACGAAUGAUAGAAGAUAAACAAGAAUAUGUACCCGGGGAAGUUGUUAUUUUUACUUGUAUUGAUGGGUUCCAAUUGUUGGGAGCCGAUUCUUCUGUUUGCCAAGAAUCGGGGAAAUUUGAACCCAAUCCUCCUGUUUGUCGAAGGAUAGAUGCCAAAUAUGAAACUUCUAGCAGCUGUAUCGCGCCUCUGGAUAUUCCAAAAGGUUUAAAGAUCAGUCCGAGUAAGAAAAGAUAUAAUAUUGGUGAACAAAUUGGUUAUUCAUGUAAUCCAGGAUAUCAAAUUAAUGGCAAAACAAUUGCUGUUUGUGAAUUAGACGGACGAUUUCACGACAAGAUUCCAGAAUGCGAAAAGAAAGUAGGAAAAAAAUGUACCCGACCUCAAUUUGAACGAAGAAUUCGGAUCUAUCCCGAUAGAGAAGAGUAUAACACUGGAACAAAAAUCAAACUCAGAUGUUAUCCAUCUUAUCUGAGGAUUAUUGGAGACGAAAGUGCAGCAUGCGACGAAGACGGGAAGUUCGAAUUUACAAGUAAACCUGAUUGCGUCUUUUCUUUUAGACUUUACGCCGAACGAGAAAUGCAUAGAUAGAUAUGUACUAUUUAUUUCAACAUACAACUUGGCCUUCACCACCAAUGUUUCAUCGAUGAUUGGAAAUUAUUGGAAUACAAAGACUGUGAAAUUUUAGCUACAUAGUCAUGUUCGAUAUUGUGCAUACUUUGUAAUAAAUCAGACAAAUUA